AUGGACGAAUUGGACGGCAUUAGACCAAAGCAAUCUGAGACCUCUUCACCCGUAGCUGAGUCGACAACGAAUAUAAAACCUGAAAGCUCCUCAGAGCUUCAUUGCUCCAGGGAUGAUAUUGCAGAGGAGAAAAGUUUAAGCAGUUCAUCAGAUCAAGGUGUGCAGUUAAAUAUCGACACCACUGCAGCGUUGUCGGACGAUGUCACAGAAUUGGUCAUUCAAUACUUGGAGCGGCUUAAAUUGGAUGAUGACAUCAAAGCAAAGGAAGUCAUUUUGACGCUGUGGGAUUUUGCUGGACAGCACCUAUACUAUGCGUCACAUCCUGUCUUUCUUUCACCGCGAGCAGUGUACGUCUUGGUGUAUAAUCUUAGCAAAAGUCUAAGUGCUGAGGCUGAGCCCUGUGUGAGACAAGGUAUUCAUGACCUUCUCCUGGACAACCCAAACAGUGAGACCAAUUUAGAUAAUUUACUGGCCUGGUUAGUUUCUGUUCAUAGCAUUCGUCGUCCCGCAGAGAGUAAAGCUGUGCAAGGUUCAGAUCAUCAAGGCAGGAACUCGCCCUAUCUUCGUCCACCAGUCUUCAUUGUUGGUACAAAUGCUGAUCACCCUUUUGAAAACCCCAAGAAAAUGGAAAAGUGCAUCGAAAGGGGUAUGUCGGGCAACACUUACGAAGAGCACGUGAUCAGGCCAUUCUUUGCUGUCGAUAACACUCAGUCGCAUAACGAUGACGGGAUCCAGAAACUACAGAGGAAAAUUAUUGAGGUAUUGAAACGAGAACCCUACAUGGGUGAAGAGGUACCAAUUAGGUGCGUUUCACAAAAGAGUAUGUUCUAUUCAAAGUAGUAAUGCGGUACCCUUUUUUGGAUUGGGUUGAAAAGUGCAAGUAAAGGGAAACUCAAUAUAAGACGUCUACUUCAUUUAUGUCAGGUUCCGCUAUUACAAAAUUAGCUGCAGUGUUUAUGUAUAAUGGAAAAUUUUACAUAUUUUGUUGUUAAAUGAAAUAUCGUGGCAUUUCGUCAUUAUUAUUAUUAUUACAGUUGAGGGGUUUAGACCUCUCAGAACAACUUGCAGCUCUUCUAUAAGCAAGCUAGACUUAAAGUGAAAUAUUUAAUUCCCUUAAUGCAAAAACCAAAUACACAAAGUCAAACCCACUUUUUUUACCUCCAAUCCUUUUUCGGUCGACUUUGCUUGUAACGGUUUUUUCGUUGUCCCUUUAUUGUUCACGAUAGGUGGUUCAAUUUCGAAAAAGUUGUCGAGGCAUUGGUUGCGAAGAAAACUUUCCACAUGUCCCUAGACCAGCUUCUGACCGUCACCAGAAGAGUUUGCCAAAUCGAGGACGAUGCGGAGUUGACGGCCAUGUUGAAUUUCUAUCAUGAUCUUGGUGUUAUAGUCAAGCAUGGCCAUACAGUAGUGCUGCAGGCUCAGUGGCUAAUAAACCUAUUUAAACAACUGAUAACUGUCCCGCCUUUCAAUGAGGUGGUAAGUAAGUCAUUUCGAAGACGGGGACGAGUACGAGUUCUAGAUUUUGCUCAAUACAAAGUAAAGCGCGCGUGAAACAGUUUCCUUCUUGGGAAAAACCUGACAGCCGUCGUCUUUUAUUUCGAGUUUUAGCGAUAAUAUCCUAGUGGCGGAAACAAGAGUUGUCGGAUGUUAGACGUUUUAUCAUUUUGAGAUCGGGAAAGGGCAUAACCUCCUUCAAUAAAGGUAAUGGUGCUAUCUUUUCUGCUAAAAAAGUUCUUAAGCAUUUUGGGUAUCUCAUACACAAAAAAAGUCUUUAAUUCAAUUAUAGUACUCGUAGUUGUUCUCGUCCUCGAAUCUAAAGGUCUCUAAUUGUGCGUUUGAGCGAGUUACGUGUUUUUAUCCCCAGGUCGAUACGAGUCAUUCGUAAACUGGUGCAUGUCCCAUACGUCUGCAUUUACUAUCCUUUACGAAAAUCUCUUUAAAAAUUUUGAAUAUCUCCGUUAAUGAGAACUUUAUUCAUGUGUUCCCUUGUUUUUAUACUCCUAAGGUAUUGGAUGCACAUCUAUAGUCAACUGUAACAUUUAUUGAUAUAAAGUCUUUUACCAUAACCUGAACGAUUUCGUUUACAUCUGUUGGUCAACUGCUAUUGUCUGUACGAACAUAGACAACCUCUUGAUAGCGCAAACAUUUUUCGCAGCCCUCGCUCGCGAGUUUCUGGCGAACAUCUCUGGAAUUAGGCAUUCAAGGACUUCUGUCAGUGUUAUUGCAAACAAAAACACAAAUCGAUCAUACUAACGACAGGCGUGCGUGAGAUUUAUUCAUAUUUUGAAGAUGUUUUUGAAUUGUUCCGUAUUUUAGGAUCCUGUAUUUUCCAAAUGUUGGCGCGAGCUAGAGGAAAACGGCAUCCUUAGAAUGGCUCUUGUAGAUCACGUUUUCACGGAAUUCAUUCAGAAUGGCCUUUUAAAGCAGGACAUUCUUGAUAUGAUGGAGCUGUAUGGCUUAAUUGGCAAGUUCUCCUGCUCGUCUUCGACAAACGCUCAGGUGCAAGAAUACUUUGUACCAGCUCAGCUCAGAUCAACCCCAUCUGGUCUAUGCGAAAUACGUCCCUCUGAUAGUGAUCCGUGUCCACUAUAUAUCCAUUUCCCGGAUGGCUUUGUUCCAUAUGGGCUCUUUUCGCAACUGCUGUCGAGGUCUAUCAGUUGGUGCUCCCAACAAGGCCUCAAGCAGUCUCCACAGCUAUUUAAUAAUGGUGCAAGGCUUUUCAUUGGAAUGCAGAGUGCUUUCGAGCUUUUCCUAAUUUGCAGAACGAGAUUCAUCAAGGUUGUGUUGAAGAUGAGUCAGAGAUGUCGUUCCAUGACUGGGCCAUUGACGGCUGCCUCAACGAAAAUGGCCAAUGAGGUUCGGGCCUUUUUUGAGGCUUCUUUAAAAGCCCUUACGUCUGAGCUGUCCUGGUUGCAAAACCUCCAGUAUGAACUGUGUGUCGCUUGCUGUCUCUGCUUGCAAAAUGGUGAUCAGUGCACUAAACAUGAAUCAAAAAGUUGUUCUCAGGAUGAAUGCUUGCAUCUUCUCCGAGUACAUCCCGGAGAAGAGCCUAUUUGUACAAAGAGCCACAAUGGUGAAUUGGUUAAGGUGAAUGGAUUGGAGAAAUGGUUCCAAGCUUACAAAGCUCUGGUAAUCUUGUUUUCACUGAUGCCAUCUGUUUAA